GGCGGCGCACUCCGACCGAUAGCGCACCCGUGCCCGGCCAGGGACCGCGGGGAGACCCGGCUGCCACACCGCCUCCCGCCCCGGGGCGGGCGCUGGCCCCGGCCACGGAGCAGGCGCACAGCUUGCCACGCCGGGCCCCUCGGCAGGGAAAGAUGGCGGCGGCGGUGCGGCUGGGGCGGUGCAGUGUCCGUGGCGGUGCCGCCGCUUGCUUCUCUGGCAGCGGGCGGUUUUUCAGCUGUGGGCCAAAUGUGCUGCAUCAAGAGAGCAGUACACCGCAAGCUGCAUUCUUUUCACCUCUUCAAAAAGUGAUGUUGCCACCAAACACCUUUCAAGGGAAAGUGGCUUUUAUAACUGGUGGAGGUACUGGGAUUGGCAAAGGGAUAACAACAACUUUGUCCAGUUUGGGUGCCACAUGUGUUAUAGCAAGCCGGAAGCUCGAUGUUUUGAAAGGAGCCGCAGAAGAAAUUUCUUCUAAAACAGGGAGUAAGGUUCAUGCCGUCCAGUGUGAUGUGAGAGAUCCAGUUUCAGUUAAGAAUGCUGUUGCCGAAAUAAUCCAAGUGGCAGGACAUCCUGAUGUUGUGAUAAACAACGCAGCUGGAAACUUUAUUUCCCCUUCUGAACGACUUUCUGCUAAUGCAUGGAAAACGAUAACUGAUAUUGUGCUUAAUGGUACUGCUUUUGUAACUCUGGAAAUCGGAAAGGAGCUCAUUAAAGUACAAAAAGGAGCAGCGUUCCUGGCUAUUACAACAAUUUAUGCAGAGAGCGGUUCAGGAUUUGUGUUGCCGAGCGCCUCUGCCAAAGCUGGUGUAGAAGCAAUGAGCAAGUCUCUUGCGGCUGAAUGGGGUAGAUAUGGCAUGAGAUUCAAUGUGAUUCAACCAGGUCCAAUAAAAACAAAGGGUGCUUUUAGCCGCCUUGACCCAACAGGCUCGUUUGAGAAGAAAAUUAUUGAGAGGAUUCCCUGUGGUCGUCUGGGAACCAUAGAAGAAAUUGCAAAUCUUGCUGCCUAUUUCUGCAGUGACUAUGCAAGCUGGGUUAAUGGAGCAGUUAUUAGAAUGGAUGGUGGAGAAUACGUUUCUAUGGCAGGAGAAUUCAAUGAUUUGAAGAAGGUUACCAAAGAGCAGUGGGAUAUAAUGGAAGCAAUGAUUAGAAAAACAAAAGGCUCUUAAAGUACGUAACUGUAUGGUGGAGAUUUUUUGGAAAUGAACCACUACUUUUUCAUUAAUAUUUAGAAAUAACCAAUUGUGAAAUAGCCUUCAAAAUCUUUUGUAUGCUAAUUUCAAUAAAAUAUUUUGAAAUUGUCAUAUUUUGAAUAUAGCAAGUUGCCCUGGUUUCGGCUGGGAUAGAGUUAAUUUCUUCCUAGUAGCUGGUAUAGUGCUGUGUUUUGGGUUUAGUAGGAAAAGAAUGUUGAUAACACACUGAUGUUUCUAGUUGUUGCUAAGUAGUGUUCGUACUGAGUCAAGGAUUUUUCAGCUUCUCAUGCCCAGCCAGCGAGAAGGCUGGAGGGGCACAAGAAGCUGGGAGGGGACACAGCCAGGACAGCAGACCCAAACUGGCCAAAGGGAUAUUCCAUACCAUAUGACAUCAUGCCCAGUCUGUAAGCUGGGGGGAGUUGUUCAGGAGGAGCGGAUCGCUGCUCGGGAACUAACUGGGCAUCGGUCGGCAAGUGGUGAGCAAUUGCAUUGUGUAUCACUUGUUUUUUAUAUUCUAAUUCUUUUAGUAUUAUUGUUGUCAUUUUAUUAUUUUUAUCAUCAUUAUUAUUAUUUUCUUCCUUUUUGUCCUAUUAAACUGUCUUUAUCUCAA